GCUUAAAACAAAGUUAAUAAUACAUUCUCAUUUGUCAUUUUGUAUUUUAACACGGUUCUCGUCAAAACUUAAGUGACGAUUAUGAAGUAUACACUUUUAAUUUGUUUUUAUUUUGGUAUAAACCAAACUUUCGCUGAGGAAUGCAGCAGACCAAACAAUUUAAAAAGCAAGGAAGAGUAUUGUUGGAAGGCCGAAGUAGAAUUGGUCGAAAGAAUUCAACAAACAUCAAAAAGUGUCUUAAAUUUUGCCAAAAAGAAACUUGGAAUGGAGGUGGAAGAACAAAACGAACCACAAAAGUGCAGCUAUUAUCAGUGUCAAUUAAGUCAACUUCAGUUGAUCAAUCAAAAAGGAUUUCCCAUCAUGGAUAACUUUGAGAAAUGGAUAGCAAAUGAAGUGGUCUAUGAACAGGCAAAACAGCUCUUAAAUCAGUUAAAUAAAUGUAACGAUGCUUUGUCAAAAGCUACAGCUACAGAUACACAAUUCAAUGGUGAUUUUAUUAAUUUAUCGGUCAACAACCAGACGGAGGCGGAUAUGACUCCUGAAAGUACUACACAGAAAGCACAGUCAGAUUGUGAAUUAGCUGCUGAAUUCGUUAAAUGUCUCUCUCAUCUACCUGGAUGUCCAGUUUUUCUAUAUCCAUAACUGCUAGGAAUACCCUGUUUUAGGUGGUAGUCUUUUAACAUUUUAGUUUAGUUUUGCUAUAUGUAUGUUUAAUCAUAAAAGCAAUAUGUAAUUGCAAGACUUUUUUAUAAAAUUACUUUUUAACUAAAA